GUCGGCGUUUUUUUUUCCUACCCAGGACUCGACACGCACAUACUUAUAUUAUCCCCUCACGAAAAAUCCCGAGUCGUGCCUUUCCGUUUCCGAACUACGCCGAGGACAACCGAUGUUCAACGCAGAGACGAGAGCCGCUGUUUCCAAUACACCAUCGCAAACAGCCAUUACGUUUUGGCCACUUAUUUUUCGUUUUUCAUUAUUUAUUCAAAACAAUCGCGCAGGAAUCGGAGCGCUUUGCCACAUGCCGCAACGGAUGGACCAGAUUCCAGUCCUUUUUCUGAGACACAAUCAGGCGGAGGCAAUUUAAAUAUAUAGGGCGCCCACAGGCUGUGUACAUAUCCUUACACAGGAUGACUGCACUGUAUGCAUUAGGAUUGCAAAUACAGCCGGAUUCGCUCCAAGAUGUAGACUAGCCUGAUAUUCUAAAAGACAACGACUUAUUUUUCAAGACGAAUGGUGUGGAAGAAUGGAAAAUGCUUAGAAGAUUUAAGCGAAAAUCUACCAAGAACAACAGGCUCUGGCGAUCCUGGUGCUAAUGCGCUUUCUGUUAUGAUUUUACCUGUAUUUUACAGAUACGGAUGGGUUUGAAUGUACCUAUGUUGUUAACAUUCAGGCUGAAGGAGAAGCCCAAUAAUAUACGUAUAUAGAUAACAUUCUUUCUUAUUUUGGGAAAAAAAAAGAAUUUAUAAGUGAUCUUAAAUUAGUCGCGUUUUAUUUAUUUAUUUAAUUCCACCACUGUCGGAUGGGAAUCAAACGCUGAACCUCGGUGAGCUUUAUGGAAAAUCCGAAGACAUGACAUGCACACGAAAAAAAAGGAAACGGUAUUUUUUGUUUUUUAAAACCUGUGUUUAUUUAAUAAGUAAUUCGACGAAGAGGUUUACAGCCGAUACGGUUUAAGAAAACAGGCGACAGAUAAUAAACAUUUCCCCCUCUGGAUUUGGUUCAUUCUACAGCCUUGCUUUUUCCCUUGUUAUUUUUUAAAUUAAUUAAUUAAUUUUGUUUUUUAUUGCUAUUAUUCAGCGUCAGGAUACGUCCUAUGUUAUACUUGUAAAUUCCAAUAUGUUGUGCUGAUACCGAUGAUUCAUUAAGAAGAGUUAUUCUUUUUUUUUUUUUUUGAUCUUGAGAUAUUUUUUUUAUUAACUGCAACAAGGCUCUGAACCGGCCUGGAUCCGGAAUCGCAGCCUUUGUCUCGACGACAAGUGCAAAAACCCGCAGGUCCUGAGGCAAAGUGAGGAGGAGGAGGUGGUGAAGAGGACCGGACGGGGUUCGGGAGAGAGGGGCGCGUGUGUGAAAAAUGGGGAGAUGCAAAAUGAGGUCCCCCAGUUCCUGCUGAGUCUAGGGGGAGGAGCAGCCACGAGGACGGAGGAGCGUGCCUCCAGAGGAGGAGGAGGAGGAGGCGGGGCGAGCAGGAGACGGGAGAGAGAGACUACGGAGCGGGAGGGAUGGCCAAUGGGAAUGAGAGCAGCGAGGGGCCAGGCGGGCCGCUGGCGGCGGUGGUCGCCACGGGAGGGAUGGUGGUGGGCGGGGACUCAACAGGGGGAGUGUCCACCUACAUUAAGCUGGUCCUGCUGGGCCUGAUCAUCUGCAUCAGCCUGGUGGGCAACCUGCUGGUCUCCCUGCUGGUGCUGCGGGACCGCGCCCUACACAAGGCCCCGUACUACUUCCUGCUGGACCUGUGCCUGGCCGACACCAUCCGCUCGGCCGUCUGCUUCCCCUUCGUCCUGGUGUCCAUCCGCAGCGGCUCGGCCUGGACCUACAGCGUGCUCAGCUGCAAGGUGGUGGCCUUCAUGGCCGUGCUCUUCUGCUUCCACGCCGCCUUCAUGCUCUUCUGCAUCAGCGUCACGCGCUACAUGGCCAUCGCCCACCACCGCUUCUACUCCAAGCGCAUGACCUUCUGGACCUGCGUGGCCGUGGUCUGCAUGGUGUGGACGCUGUCCGUCGCCAUGGCCUUCCCGCCCGUCUUCGACGUGGGCACCUACAAGUUCAUCCGGGAGGAGGACCAGUGCAUCUUCGAGCACCGCUACUUCAAGGCCAACGACACGCUGGGCUUCAUGCUGAUGCUGGCCGUGCUCAUCCUGGCCACCCACGUGGUCUACAUGAAGCUGCUGCUCUUCGAGUACAAGCACCGCAAGAUGAAGCCCGUGCAGAUGGUCCCGGCCAUCAGCCAGAACUGGACCUUCCACGGGCCCGGCGCCACGGGCCAGGCGGCGGCCAACUGGAUCGCGGGCUUCGGCCGGGGGCCCAUGCCCCCCACCCUGCUGGGGAUCCGGCAGAACUUACACACCCAGAACCGGCGGCUGCUGGGCAUGGAGGAGCUGAAGGCGGAGAAGCGCCUGGGCCGGAUGUUCUACGUCAUCACGCUCUUCUUCCUGCUGCUCUGGUCGCCCUACAUCGUGGCCUGCUACUGGCGGGUGUUCGUCAAGGCCUGCACCAUCCCGCACCGCUACCUCUCCACCACCGUGUGGAUGAGCUUCGCCCAGGCCGGGGUCAACCCCAUCAUCUGCUUCGUCCUCAACAAGGACCUGAAGAAGGGCCUGAUGGCCCGCCUCCCGCCCUGCUGCAGGACUAAACCUCAACGGCCCCGAGAGCCUUACUGUGUCAUGUGAGGGGCGGGGCGGGGGCGGGGCUGGGGCGGGGCAAGGCAGAGCGUGUAGAGUCGUGUUGCCUUUCAGCGAUCCAGUGUGAGAUGCUUUAACGGGGGGUUGUGAGGGGUGGGGUAGGGGUGUAGGAUGUCUGUAUCCACCUGGCGUCUCGUUCGUUCCCAUGUUUUCUCCCGGCCGAAGGAGAAGGCCAGGGCUCUGCCUGUGUGCUGUCGAAAGGGAACACAGAAUGUUUUCAGAGAGCGCGGUGUUGGAUAAACUCUUACUUGAAUUGGGCUUAAUGUGUAGGUGAUAAUUCAGAGAUGCUAAUAUGAUUAGUCCCUUUUAGGGGUGCCAAAUACCAUUCUCCCAAACAGGAGGACUAGCCACAUGCUGCGAUAUCCCCUAAAUUACUUACCGUAUGACAAACAUUUAAUGUUUUAUGGAGAAAUUCCCUUUGAAUCAAGUGUGAAAUCAAACAAAGGUUCAAAAAUAAACUCCACUCCUACUCAGAGCUUCGCCUUCUCUAUGACAACUGAGUGUCAGCUCGAACAGGUUAUUAUUAUUAUUAUUAUUAGAUGAAGUUGUGCAAAAUUACACACCAGUUUCUGAGUUACGUCUGAGAUUUAAACAUUAUUUUAUUGACACUAUAAUCUGGCCUUUAUUUUAGCACUGGUUGAGCUGUCUACUGGAGUUGUAGAAAAAUGACAUCAUUACCACCUGCUGCUGAGGAGGAAAUCAGUUUUUGUCUGAUAAAAGGUGUUAUCACAGGGAAAGGAAGAUGGUAGUUGUGUUAAAAUGGGAAAUGGUAAGUGGCAAGCGUGUUUAAUUUAAGCGGGGGUCUGUGAUGCAGUAACCAGAAUUUUAUUCUGUUUGAUGUUCUAUUACUCAUCUUUUAGUGUCUCUAUUCUAAUUAGACAGAUGAUUAGAUAAAGUCAAAAGAAAAAUAAGGCAUUUGCUUUACAGAAUGGGCCAAACAUAAAAUGCCAUGUUCUACUUCUGGAGUCCAGCAGCAGAAGUCCUUAUGCAGAUACUGCAGUCUUAACAUAAAUCCUUUACUGGGGGGCAUUAAGCAAGUGGAGGAAAGAGUGUGUUGAGGAGAAGACGAGAACAGGUAGAGGUGUGCAUGAGGUACCAGGUGGCAGUGUAGAGCCGGUGGAGGUGUGGAGCAGGUGGAGGUGGGUAGGAUACGGUGGGUGGAGGACAGAGCAGGUGGAGGUGUAGAGCUGGUGGAGGUGUGGAGCAGGUGGAUGUGGGUAGGAGAGAGUGGGUGGAGGUGUAGAGCUGGUGGAGGUGUGGAGCAGGUGGAUGUGGGUAGGAGAGAGUGGGUGGAGGUGUAGAGCCAGUGGAGGUGUGAAGCAGGUGGAGGUGUAGAGCCGGUGGAGGUGUGAAGCAGGUGGAGGUGGGUAGGAGAGAGUGGGUGGGUGAUACAGCAGGUGGAGGUGCAGAGCCGGUGUAGGUGUGGAGCGAGUGGAGGUGUUCCUGGAGUUAUGUGCAGUGCUGGAGAAAGUGAUAGGAUGGAAAAUUCUGCAGGUGUUCUUUUUUUAGGGGAGCAGCUGUAUGGUUUUUCUGUGCUUCUGGAUAUUUCAGAUGAUGAUUAAUUCUGUUUUAAAUGUGGGACCUCGGUUUUAAAGUCUUUUUAGAACUUAAACGGAUAUUCUGAGAAACGCAAUGUAAAGCUCACGAGAGAGUAACCAGAAUGUUUACAUGUCUUAGAUGAGUUAAACAGCUGAUCUCUGUCCACAGACAGACGGGAACACGGGAGACGGUUUCGCUUGAUCUUAUUUUGCACACAAAUUGAUCAGCUGUCGAUCAAUCAAAUUGUUUUCUUAGUUGGGAUUUGAGAGUAACGAGACUUGGAAUGAAACGCUGGCCAGAUGCAUGCUGGGACACCGAGAUUGUAAUAUGUAAGUGAAUGUCGCAGAGGGGAGGGGAACAGGACAUCUGUCGUGGGACUUUCGGUUUAAACCCCCCCCUUGCCCCGUGAACUUUUCUAAAACAAAAAAAAAAGAGAAAA